UCUUGCAACUCUGUCUGAAACAAAAAUCAUCUAUUUGCUAUUUCCCUACCGUCGGUUGGAAACUCUAACAUUCUCUCAUUCAUACCCUCCAAGCACUAUAACCUUCAUACUUUCCUUGAUUAGACAUUCUUGCCCCUAUCCUUUCUUUUUUCUACCCACAUCUUCACAUCUUUCAUGAUCUGUUAAGUGACCUUUUGGAAAAAAUGGUAUCGAGUUUUGUAUCAUUUCCGCGGGAGAAUGCCCGCGGAUUAGUGAUCAUGAUUGUUUUUUUGUUUGGGAUUCGAUUGGUCGGAUCUGCUACUACGAGUACCACGCCUCAAUGGACCCUCCCCAUGCGGGAAAAGAAGCUUCCCGAAAGUACUGCAACUACAACAACCCACACAACUAACAGCACUAACACAACCACCACCAGUAAGACUUUGGCUACAACUAACACCCCAAAGAUCUGUGACGCCGAAGCUCCCUCUCCCGAUGUCUGGAAGGCUCGCAAUAUCUCCGGUUUCUUGGCUAGUUAUCCUAACGGCAAUAGUGUCACUAUCUCGGAUUUUGCUAAACAGAACGGGGUCAUGAAUUAUGCUUGUGGGCUUGGAGAAACGUGCGAUGCGGGACAGAUCUGUGCGCCGAUUCCAGGUCCAGUCUGGCACGUUUUGUAUGCGGUCCAGCAGUGGCAUCACAUGCAGGUAUCCUUGGAUAAAGCCUUAAACUUUGCCGCCAAUACCCUUGACAUCAUUGGAUCCCAACUCUCGAUUGAUCUCUUCCCACCCGACAAGAAGAAAUCUGAUCAUCUGUUCAAAGUGGCCUACAUCUUGGCAUUGGUUGUUGCAAUCUGGGCUACUAUCAGCGCCGCUCUAUUGAUCUGGUUUCCUGGAGUCGGUGUGGGUCUUGCAGCCGCAGCUGGAGCUGCUUUUGCAACAGCUCAAGCUGUCACAACCCUCCAAGCUAACAGUGCCUUUAACGGCAUGCGGUCAGAUGCCUUUUCUAGAUGGGCUUCAUUUAUGAAUGCAGUUUCACAAUGGAAGGAUGGGAUGCAAAAGAGUCUUUCUGACGAUAUGAAACGUGCUCUUGGAACCGGAAUCAAUGAUCCAGCUGGCCUUGGUGGAAUGCUAGCCGAUGGUAAACUGUUCACCAACACACUAGACAAGACUACUUAUGACAUUGAGAAGUCUUUGGAAGAAGUAGUCAAGCGUAGAAUGAUUAAUAACAUUCUCAAAGAUAAAAAAGCUUUUGUGACUGUCAACAGUGAUGAAUGCAAGCAAGGAGGCCCGGACGGAGCGUUCAAGCCGGAGGAUGGAUGGCUGAGUUGGUGUAAAGAUGGGAAGAUGAUGAACAUAAUCUACGCCAAUGGAGACAAAUCUGGAAAUCAAAUUUACAAUGCUGGGCUGAUACCCACCAAAUACGGAAUCACAGUGGAGUAUAUGACCACACAAUCUGAAAAUUGCCAAAAGAAAUUUGGCGGUUACAGCCACGAUCCUUAUGCAGACAAAGCUUUACCAACAGACAUUAAUGCAGAUUGCAUCUUCAAUCUUCCGGUUUGCUAUCCUAGCUUUGAUAAAGAUAUCCGCAAAAAGAGAAGAAAACAUGGUACUGUUGUGGCUUGCAGGCAGAAUGCUGCGCUGCCAAUAUGACAAAAUGAAUUGGCUUAUUUAUAGCCCCCACUAAGUAUCAAAGUUCAUCCUUGUAUUUCUGGUCACUCGUUAUGAAGAAAUUGCAUUAUAUAUAAGCUUGGUUUUUAGCUUUGA